GCCCAAAGAAAAAAAAAAGUUACUGUUGCAAAACUAGACUACCCUUCAACCCACUACACGCAUGCUCACUCAGCCGAGACACAGAGACAGAAGUAGAUGCUGAUUUUUCUGCAUGACUUUACUACAGACCACAACGCUCUCAGAUUCUCUUUUUAAACUCCAGAGCUGCUGGAAGAAAAUGAUUAAAGAAAAUACACUUGUUCUUUUCUGUCUGUGCUCUUUUCAUCUGGUUGGUGUGUUUGCUGAUACAGACACAGUGAAGUCAGUGAAGGAGGGAGAUUCUGUCACUCUACAGAUUAAUGUCACUGAAAUACAGACAGAUGAUGAGAUCGAGUGGAAAUUCGGAACUAACAGGAGUCGUAUAGCUGAAAUUAAUGGAAAGACCAGUAAAAUAUUUGAUGGUCCUGAUGGGAGAUUCAGAGACAGAUUGAAGCUGGAUCAUCAGACUGGAUCUCUGAUCAUCACAAACACCAGAACCACAGACUCUGGACUUUAUGAAAUGACCAUCAGCAGAAGCAGCUCAGAGGAUACACACAGAUUCAAUGUUACUGUCUAUGGAUAUGCACGGGAGACAAAGUGCGGGCAGUACGAUGAACACAGGGGACUGGAUCGUAGACAGAGGCCGAAUUUUAUACCAGCUCAGGAUAUACACAGGAGACUACAGAGACCGUUGGACCACAGCUGCUACAACACCAGCUCCUUCAACAACUCCUCCUUCACAUCCUCCUUCAGUUCCUCAUUCAGGUUCUCCAGUCUUUCUGUUAGUGCUGAUCUCUGCUGCUGCUGGAUCUCUGUUGAUUCUUGUUGCUGUCGGGAUCAUCUGGAUCUACAGGAAACAAAGAAAAACUGA